CUCUGCAAUUCCAGCUUUACGUUUUUCUUCUUCUGAAUUUCCCGUUGCGGCUCUUAGCGUUUCAAUAAUCCGGUUCAGUUUGAAAAAAAAUUUCAAUGGAGAUAAACAAUGGCGUGGAAGAUGAGGAGUUGGAGGAGGAGGAGGAGUUCGGAUUCUCGAGAAACUAUUUCCUCGCAAAAGAAUUGGGCGGCUCGGGGAAGAAAUCAACGCGCAAGCUCUCAGACAUUGGUCUCGUUGACGAACAGGAGCUGAGAGCAGCAGCAUCUAAUAUUGAACCCAAGCAUGAGAAAGAGAUUGUGGCUUUGAUGAACAGCUACAAGAGUAUGUACCCCAAAUGGGUUUUCGAGUUAAGGUGUGGUUUUGGGCUUCUAAUGUAUGGAUUUGGAUCUAAAAAAUCCUUGAUUGAAGAUUUUGCAUCAACAGCAUUGACUGAGUAUUCUGUAGUAGUAAUCAAUGGCUACCUUCAGACAAUUAAUGUAAAACAGGUUGUGAUAUCCUUGGCUGAAUUGCUAGCGGAUCAAUUGAGAACCAAAAGAGCAAAUACUUCUGGAAACUUGUCCAAACAGCCAUUUAAUUCUCGAUCCAUGGAUGAUCUUCUAGCAUUUCUGAAUGGCUCACAAACAGAGGACAAGGAUUGUUUCAUAUGUAUUGUUGUCCACAAUAUUGAUGGGCCCGGGUUAAGAGACCCUGAAACUCAACAGUAUCUUUCACAAAUAGCUGCAUGUUCCUGUAUUCGUAUCAUUGCUUCAAUCGACCAUGUGAAUUCAGCUCUUUUGUGGGACAAGAAGAUGGUUCACACUCAAUUCAACUGGUGCUGGUAUCAUGUUCCUACCUUUGCUCCAUACAGGAUUGAAGGAAUGUUCUUUCCUAUGAUUCUCGCACAUGGCAGUACCGCUCAAACUGCCAAAACAGCUGCCAUAGUUUUACAGAGUUUGACGCCCAAUGCCCAGAGUGUUUUCAGAGGACUUGCAGAACACCAACUGUCUCAUCCUGAUGAAGAAGGCAUGCCAAUCAACGAUUUAUACGCAAUUUGUCGGGAGCGCUUCCUCGUCAGUAGCCAGGUUACACUAAACUCCCAUCUGACAGAAUUCAAAGAUCAUGAGCUGGUGAAGACCAGAAGGCAUUCGGAUGGCCAGGAUUGUUUGUACAUUCCUCUCACAGCUGAGGCACUUAAAAAACUAUUAGCUGAGAUUAGUCAGUAAGAUUGAUCUCGAUGAUAAGCUUUUGGCUGGGAAGGAAUAGUCUGAAUUCUUUUUGUUGCGGCGCACUGUUACAGUUUUUGCAUGCUUGCUUGAGUGCCCACCAUUGCGUCAUC